AGGAAGACAGUGAUAACACUAGCUGAAAGUGGGCAAAGUGACUGCUGUUCCUCUCCAGACUCAGCUGGCUCAUUCAUCAUGCCUUCUAAAGGGCUCUCCUGUGAGCUGCUUCUUUUCCUCCUCUGCCCUUGCUUUAUCUUUGGUGCUGCUCUCCAUGCAAUACAUUGUGCCCCAUGCACUGAAGAGAAGCUUAUUUUGUGCCCACUGGUGCCUGCCAACUGCCCUGAAAUAACUCUCCAGCCAGGCUGUGGCUGCUGCCAUACUUGUGCCCUUCAAUUAGGGGACCCCUGUGGAGUGUACACAGCACGUUGUGGUCAGAGGCUCAGCUGCCGUGUGCACCCAGAGGAAACCAGACCACUUUAUGCCCUCACCCAUGGGCAAGGCACCUGCCUACCUACCACUGACAUCUCCGAGACUGCAGAAACUGUUGAACCAGAAGACAUACCUACUGAAGGCACUCAAAUGACAGCUCAACUUCUGAGCUAUCAACUGUUAUUUCCUAUUGGCCAAGAGAAAUCUGUCCCUUGGAAUGCAAUAAGUGCCUAUGAAAACAUGAAAGCAAGGAGACUAGCUGAAAUUAAGAAAGGGAAGGAACAGGGGCCAUGUCAAAAAGAACUCUACAGGGCACUGGAUAAAUUGGCAAAAGCUCAAGAAAGAACCAGAGGCGAGAUAUACAGAUUUUAUUUACCCAACUGUCACAGAAAUGGAUUUUACCAUAGCAAACAGUGUGAAAAUUCACUUGAUGGAAAUCCUGCAAGAUGUUGGUGUGUGUUUCCAAAAACUGGAAAGAAGAUUCCUGGAUCUCCUGAAAUGACAGAGGAUCCAGAAUGUGAACACUAUGCCAGAUCACAAGAAUAAAAUAAGGCAAAGCAUGCAGCAUACUUCGUACAAGUAAAUAUUAAAUCUUUUCCAAGAAAAUGCCUGAUUCUAAAGCCAAGAAAACUGAUACUGAAGCACAUGUUCAUUUCUUCAUGCUUUUCAAUAAAGUCCCAGACAUCCCAGUGGGGCUUACUCCAUACAAACACAGAUAAAAUUGGGAGGAUCAUAAAAUGUUGACUUCUCUUGUUCUUGAAAGUUAACAUGUGGCACUAAAACGUCACCUCUUACAAUAUUAAGUACCAAGAACUAAAUCAAUUACUUUUAUAGUCUACCCAGUACUGUCUGGCUCAUAAGAGUGAGGGGUUAUUUAUGUUGCUUGUGUGUUUUUAAUAAAAAAUAUUUGUCUCUUUAUUAAUUUAUAUAUCUGUAUUCUUCAACAAAUCAUUUUGUGUAAAUACUUUAAUACUCUUUUUCUUAAAAUAUGCACGGUUCUAUUUUCAAAAUAUGACUUAAACAUGAAUUUUGUGUCAGGUAUUUAUUCCUUUUCAAACUUGGUAUAAUAAACAUACUAUACUGUAUUUAUUCAAAGGUUUUUCUACGUGUGCAAGAUGUCUCACUUUUCAUUUCACUAUCAGAGAUGUAUAAAUCUAGAUCAAAUAGUGGUGAAAGGUAAUUUUCAUAUGCUUUUGGGCUGCUGAUUCAGUGGGAACUUUCCAUAAUCUAAUCCACCUGUGUGACUGUAUUAUUCAAACAUGCCACUUUAAAUGCAGCACCCUUAAUUUAUACCUAUGAAUUCAAACAUCAGAGUGAAAGGUGCUGUGUAAGAUUAAAUGUCUUUUUAGUUUUCCUCACACAUGCAAUGUCUGUCUAGUUUUUAAAAGAAAAAAAACCACCAAGACUAUAAUGUAAAUGUUUACUAUUGUAAAUUUUCAUGAGUAGACUAUUUCAUGUUAUUUAAAAUUGAUUAAUAAACCCUUUUCUUUGAAUAAA